AUGGGACUUUGUAUCUCUAGAGGAUCUGCAGAGAUUUAUGUUGAAGAUGAUGAUUGUCAAGAAUAUGUGGUUUCUUAUGGCAUCUCAAACUCUAUCUCAUCUCUUUUUUCUCUUGAAGGCAACAAGGGAGUCAACCAAGAUGCAGCCGUGCUCUUCCAUGGUUACGGUACAGAAGAUGUAACCUUUUGUGCUGUGUAUGAUGGGCAUGGAAAGAAUGGCCAUCGUGUGAGCAAAUUAGUCAGAAACCGCCUGUUGAAACUGAUGUUAAAUCUGAAGAAGGAAUUCGCGAAGAACAAAAAUAGCCCGAGUCAUGUAAACGAGAUAAAGAUGUGGGAAGAGGCGUGUAUGAGUGCUUUCAGGGUGAUGGACAAGGAGAUCAAACUUCUUGACAAUUUUGAUUGUUCUUUGAGUGGAACAACAGCAGUUGUUGUACUAAGAAAGGGUGAACAUCUUUUGAUUGCGAAUUUGGGUGAUUCAAGAGCAAUUCUCGGGACAAUGAACAAUGAUGGAGGAAUGACUGCGGUACAGCUUACUACUGACCUAAAGCCUAGUGUUCCAACCGAAGGAGACAGAAUAAGGAGAAGCAACGGGCGGGUGUUGGCUUUGAGAGAUGAACCGCAUAUCGAUCGAGUAUGGUUGCCUCAUGAAGACAGCCCCGGCCUAGCUAUGUCGAGAUCCUUUGGUGAUCUUCUUCUAAAGAAUCACGGAAUCAUUUCCAUCCCUGAGGUUUCUUUUCACCAUUUGACAUCUAAGGAUCACUUCCUUUUUCUUGCCACUGAUGGGGUGUGGGAUGUGAUGAGUAAUGAUGAAGUUGCAACGAUAGUGGCAUCAUCGGAUACAGGCGCGAAAGCUGCGGAGUGUGUGGUUAACGCAGCGGUUUCAAAGUGGAGACAGAAGUUCCCUUCUUCUAAAAGGGAUGAUAUCACUGCUCUUUGCCACUUCUUAGCAGACAAAACGGAUGAUACAAUAUCUUCAUAAAAUCAUAGUUUCUUCCAUAUAUAUUUAGUAAUGGACAACUUAGCAUAUAUGCUUUUCUAUUAUAUAAAUAAUUUUGUACAGUUUGAGCCACUUAAAACCUUCCAACUACUAGUUGGGAGUUGAUUCUCUCUUUUUUAGUGUUUAGAAAAGAUGUUGAAUGUUUGUGGUCUACAUG